CCAUGGCUCGGCUCGUCUCUAGCUGGUCUAAAGGAGUUCAUUCCAUUCCUAAAGAUUACAUAGUGCCGCCAGAAAGAAGGUGUGGCGAUUUUGUGGCAGUUUGCAAGGAUAUUCCUGUGAUUGAUCUUCAAAAACAACGGCCCGAGAGUGUCCAACAAAUUCUAAAAGCUUGUCAAGAAUUUGGUGUGUUUCAGGUGGUUAAUCAUGGACUGACAGACAAGAUGAUGGCAGACAUGAGGGUCUUGUACGAUGAAUUCUUUAACAUGCCGGUUGAGGAAAAGUUGGAUGUUUACUCGGAUAAACCUGGUGAGUGUGUACUUUCCACGACUACGAGUACGAGUACUUCCCAUUACGCAAAAGAGCAUGUUCUUUCAUGGAGAGAUACAUUGAUUCACCCGUGUCUUCCUUUGGAAAAAUACGCAUCAUCCUGGCCCAAUAAACCAGUCAGAUAUAGGAAAGAGGUGGGGAGAUAUGCAGCUGAAAUGCGGAAAUUGGGAUUCAAGAUUUUGAAUUUGAUAGGGGAAGGACUCGAACUUGACAUAGAUUACUUCAAAGACGUUAGUCAGAAACAGACAAUGGUGAUUAACCAUUAUCCAUUAUGUCCCGACCCAAGUUUAGCUAUGGGUGCAGAUGCUCACACUGACCCUAACGUCAUAACCAUCCUUCAACAAGACCAAUAUGGGCUACAAGUACUAAAGGAUGGGAAAUGGAUUGGUGUUGAACCCAUUUCCAAUGCUUUUGUGGUCAACCUUGGUUACCAAUUACAGGUGAUAAGUAAUGGGAAGCUGAAAAGUGUUGAGCAUCGUGCGGUCUUGAACUCAACUGCUGCUCGCACAUCCAUAAGCACAUUUUUUAGUCCAGGAUCAGAUCUUCCAAUUGUCAUCGAACCUGCAAAAGAGCUGGUUACACUGAGCAGCCCCCAGAUGUUCAAAUCGUAUCAGUUCAGUGAGUUUCAAGCCAAUUAUUUAGCCUACAUGAGCAAACCAGUGCCUCGUAAUGGAACGCCAUUAGAUCCCUACCGGCUCUAACCCAAUAUUUUAGUUUUAAAACUACGUAUAAUAGCUUAUAAUAAGACUUCAAAGAAUUUCUUUAAUUUG